AUGUCCACCAAAGUUUUGUCAGUGCAUUAUAACCGGAAUAGACUGGGCGCCGCAUGUUAUGAUCAAGAAACGGCUACAAUAUUCGUACUGACCGAUUUGUUGGAGGAUGCGGAUGAUUUCCGAAUGACAAAUUCUCGUUUUGGUGAGAAAAAUAAUAUCAUUACCGAAAUGCCGGACAAAGGAAUCGAACAAAAUGCUGUGGCAAAUCAGGGAGAAACAGAUGAACAAGAUGAGAAUGUUGAUGAAAGUGAUAAAGAAGCAGAAGAAAGACCUAUAAUUGCACUACAUUUGAUGCCAGCUGUCGCUUACAAUUUUGAGGACGCUAAGAAACGAAUUUUGCCGCUUUUUGAAUCAUUUGGUUCUACUAAAGAAGAGAAUAAUCUUCGAUUAGCGUUUCGAUUAAAUUUGACAGCUAUGAAUAUGAUUUCUGCUUUUGGGGCUUUGUUGAAAUAUUUGGACGCCGUACGAUUAGGUGUAGAAUUCGAAGAUAUCAAUACGAAAACACCUAUCACAACUAUUAAGACCAUUACUCUGGACGAAAUAGUGCAAGUGGAUGAUAGUUCCAAACGUGCUUUGCAAAUUUUUAAGGACGAACUACAUCCGUCAGCUUGCAAAACAUAUUCAGUUGGUGGUACUCGUGAAGGAAUCAGUUUGUUUCGAAUGUGUAAUCGAUGCCAAUCAAAAAGUGGAGAAGCUUUACUUCGGUGUUGGUUCGAGCGACCAACAACAAAUCGAAAAAUAUUGACAAAUCGUGUAGCAGCCGUUCAUUAUUUCGUACAAGACUGCAAUUUGGAUGCAGCUGAUUUCAUACGAAUACGACUUAAAAAAAUUUGCAUUUUAAAAGGGAUUCUCAAACGGGUGAAGUCGCAACGUUUGACACUAAAUGAUUGGCGAAAUCUUUAUACGGUUACACUUAUUAUUUAUCCACAACAAAUUAUGGAUUACAUCAAAAAGCGCGAAAUAAAGCUUGCAUUAUUUGAUGAUGAAAUGACGAAUGUUUGCAAAGAUAUUACUCGCAUUACAGCUGUCAUCUUUGAAGUUGUAAUAAAGAAGUUAUAUGCAUCGUUACCAGAAACAUUGACACAUAUUGCAAGAAUGGAAGCUACAGUUCUGAAUGUACCAUCAUCGGUGUGCUAUAUACCGAUGUUCGGCUAUUUGUUAGUGGUACCAAAAAAUACGGCAUUUCCACCGUCUGUUCAAAAUGAGAUUGAACUUUUGUAUGAAACGGAAAAUGCAAUACAUGUAAAAAACGAACGAAUGCGUCAACUUGAUCGAGAAAUUGGUGAUAUAAAGAUGGAAAUAAUUGACAUUGAAACAAAUGCAAUGCUAAAAUUGAAACAAUUUAUUUGCCGAUAUGAUAAAGCUAUCCGUGAAGCAGCUUACAUCUGCGCCACAUUGGAUUGUAUCAUUUCACUUGCUCUAACAGCUCGUGAAUAUGAAUGGUAUUGUCCACGUUACGUUGAUGAAUCUGUGAUUGAUGUAGAUGAUGGAAGGCAUGCUAUCAUGGAAUUGUUAUCAACCAGUAAAUUUGUUCCAAAUCCAAUCCGUUCUGGAGGUGCACAAACGAAGAUGAAAAUCCUAAUGGGACCAAAUGCAUCAGGCAAAAGUAUUUACCUGAAACAGAUUGGAAUUAUUGUGUUUCUUGCGCAUAUUGGAAGCUUUGUACCAGCAAAAAGUGCUAUCAUCGGACCAGUGGAUCGUAUUAUUACACGAAUGCAUACACUAGAUUGCGUAUUAGAUGGAAUGUCAACAUUUGCGACUGAUUUGUCGCAGAUGGCUCUCGCUUUGCGACGUGGAACUGGAAAUUCGCUUAUUUUAAUCGAUGAAUUUGGUAAAGGCACAGUUAUGGAAGCUGGAAUUUCCUUGCUAACAUCAUCGUUGAAUUAUUGGAUUCGGAAAGGAAAAACUGAUUGUCCACACGUUUUCGCUGUAUCUCAUUUCCACUCACUAAUUGAUCAUGUUAUUAAAGAUGCUGACUUAUUAUCGUUUUUGACGAUGGAUGUAAUGUUAAAUGAUGGAAAUUUCGAUUUUCAAUACAAACUUGUUGAUGGCUUUAUUGACUUUUCACAUGCCUCAUAUAUUGCAUCCAAAAUGGGCAUUGAUAAUGAAAUUAUAAGGCGCGCAAAUCAGAUUCAUGAAUGCUUCAAAUGCAAUAUGCCCAUAGAUCCCUUAGAUGACGAUGGAGAAUUAUUAUUCAAAAUUGCGCCGUUGUUGGAGAGCCUGAAGAAUACCGAUUUUACUGUUGAUCUCAAAGAUUUUUUACAAGUUAUGGCUGAUUUGUUAUUACCGGCAGGAGAACGAAAUGCAGUAUUAAUGGACGGAAAGAGUGAAAAUGAAAGUAUUAGUAUUGACGUAGAGAAUAACGAUAGUGUUGACGUGGGCGAAGAACAGAUCGAUGUAACACGAGGCGAUGAUAAGACGACAAAAUUAGGGAAUAGCGAACCUCACGCAUCUAUUUCUGGAGCGUUACAAAAGUCGAAUAAUACGACAGCUACUUUGAGAGAUUUUCUGGAUGAUGCAGGAGAAAAUAAUAAUACUACGUCGAAUAUGCUUGACUCGUUUCUAAAUGCCACUGAAAGAUCGUCAAUAAUGAAGAAGACACAAUUUGAAUAUGCAAGUUUCGAAGUUCAGUUUGGAAUAAUUUACAUUUAA